CUUCUGCCUACGACUGCUCUCGGAUCCAGCCACUCUCUAUUCGUGUCACUGUGUUUUCCUUCAAUUUUCUCAAACUCAACAGUGACAAAAAUACUUUUUUACUUUUGGGGGGCUGGAACGUAUUGAUGGCAGUUCCAUUCAUUUCAAUGCUAAGAGAAGAUUUGAGAUACAACUGUUUUGAGAUACGUGCGUGGUCACGGAAUCAAUUAAAGUCGAACUAUGUAAAGUGUUCGAUCACCCCUUUCAGAGCAAAGAAGCCACCCGUCGUCUCCUCACGCUCACGCAGGGCGCUAAUUCUGCAGCGGAAUAUUCCGUAGAGUUCCGGAUAUUGGUGGGUGAAUGUGGGUAGGAUGACGCGGCACUUCGGAGGAUUUUUUCCAAUGGCCUUUCCGAGCAGCUCGAGGAUGAGCUAGCAGUCCGCUACGAGCCCUCCUCUCUCGAGGAUCUUAUCGGCCUUUCCAUCCACCUGGAUAACAGACUGCGAGAGCGUACUCGAGAGGGGGGAGGUUCGCUCACGCAAAAACCCUCCCACUCUGAGUGCUGCGCCAUCAGCUUCACACCCACCUCCCGCACAGUCUUCUGUCACUCCAUUGUCAUAGCCAUUGAAGAGCCCAUGCAAGUUGCUAAAACACGGUUAGAUCCACAGGAGCGUCAGCGUCGUAUCACCCAGCGGCUGUGUAUCUACUGCGGUCUAACCGGUCACUUUAUUUCCUCAUGUCCCCUCCGCCCAAAAGACCAGGCCCACCGCAACCUGAGAGUGUCGUGGUGAGCCAAACCUCCAUCCCCUCAAGCUCUCCUUCUCGCAUGACCGUUCCCGCUUGCGUUAUAGUUUCGGCUCUUAACAACCCCAUCACUGCCCUGAUUGAUUCCGGUGCCGAUGACAAUUUCAUUCAUGAAGCCAUAAUUCACCAGCUCCAAAUUCCUCUCCAACUGCUUCCGUCUCCGAAGAAGGUCAUAGCCCUGGAUGACCGUAUCAUCUCCGCUGUUACCCACCAAACUGUGUCAUUCACCUUGCUUAUUUCAGGAAAUCACCGCGAAAACAUUUCCCUUUUUGUUAUCCCUUCUCCUGAUACCCCACGAGUCCUUGGAAUUCCCUGGCUUAAAAGACAUAACCCCACCAUAGACUGGACACACUUAGCCAUCACCAGAUGGAGCCCUCACUGCCACUCACAGUGCCUGCUUUCAGCUAUACCUCCUUCUGGUACACCACCACCCUCUUCCAUGCUCGUUGACCUCUCCGGAGUCUCUGGAGAAUAUCAUGAUCUCUCGCUGGUAUUCCGUAAAGACCUGGCCAUUUCUCUACCCACCGCCCGUAUGACUGUGCUAUUAAUCUGCUGCCAGGGGCCCCUCUUCCCUCCAGCCAUCUCUACAACCUUUCCUGACCUGAGAAGAGGGCUAUGGAGGACUAUAACCAUGACUCUCUGGCUUACGGUCCCAUUCGACCUCAUUCACCAGUUGGGGCUGGCUUCUUUUUUGUUGCAAAGAAAGACACCACUCUCUGCCCUUGUAUUGACUUCCGUGCUCUCAAUGAUAUCACCGUAAAGAAUAAAUCUCCGCUUCCCCUCAUCGAUCCCUCAUUUGAACCCCUCUGUGACGCCCAGGUAUUCACCAAAUUGGAUCCACGGAACGCCUACCACCUCCUCCGUAUCCGAGAGGGGGACGAUUGGAAGACUGCCUUCAAUACCCCUCUCAGACACUUCGAGUAUCUGGUCAUGCCAUUCGGUUUAACCAAUGCCCCUGCAGUUUUCCAGACAUUUAAUACUGACGUCCUCCGUGACAUGCUCAACCGGUUCGUAUUUGUAUACCUUGAUGACAUCCUCAUUUUCUCCCGGUCCCCCUAAGAACACCGCCUCCAUGUACGCCAAGUCAUUCAGCGUCUCCUUGAAAACCGGCUAUAUGUUAAACCUGUAAAGUGUGAAUUCCACCUCUCCUCCGUACACUUCCUGGGCUACGUCAUCUCCAAAGGUCAACUACAACCCGACCCUGCCAAGAUCCAAGCAGUCGUUAACUGGCCCACUCCCACCACUCGCAAAGAACUACAACGUUUCCUUGGUUUCGCCAAUUUCUACCGUGGGUUUAUCCUUGAUUACAGCAAGGUCGCUAUUCCCCUCACUAGCCUCACAUCCGCCAGCUCCCUCUUUCGUUGGACCCCGGCAGCAUCCCAAGCAUUCAACCGACUCAAGACCCUGUUUACCAGUGCCCCCAUUCUUCACCACCCCGAUCCCUCCCUCCAGUUCGUGGUCGAGGUUGAUGCCUCGGACACGGGGGUAGGGGCUGUCCUCUCGCAGCGGGACCCCACGACCCAGAAACUGCACCCCUGUGCCUUUUUUUCCCGUCGUCUGUCCCCUGCCGAGAGAAACUACGAUGUCGGCAACCGAGAGCUACUGGCCAUUAUAUGAGCCUUGGAAGAGUGGAGGCACUGGUUUGAGGGGACUGAACAACCAUUUAUCAUUUGGACCGACCACAAGAAUCUCGCUUACCUCCGUUCCGCCAAACCCCUUAAUCCCCGACAAGCUCGCUGGGCUUUCUUCUUGAGCAGGUUUAAUUUCAAUCUCCCCUUCCGUCCUGGCUCCAAAAACGACAAACCCGAUGCCCUGUCUCGACUUUACUCACCCCCCACCAGCCCUGACAAACGGGAACCCAUUCUUCCUUCCUCGUGCUUCGUUGGUGCUGCCACUUGGCAAACUCACCUGGAUCCCAAGACUGGGCCUCCAAACCACCUGUUCGUACCAGAUUCUGCACACUCUGACGUUCUUCAGUGGGCUCAUACCUCCACACUCACGUCAUCCUGGCAUCACCCGCACCAUUCAGUUCAUCCGGGAGCAUUUCUGGUGGACCAGCCUUGUUCAAGACACCAGGGAGUUCGUCCAAGCCUGCUCCAUCUGUGCCCGAGGGAAGUCUUCACACCUGCCCCCAGCUGGGCUGCUGCGUCUAUUGCCUAUCCCUAGCCGCCCUUGGUCCCAUAUUGGUCUGGACUUUGUUACCGGUCUACCUCCUUCUGAAGGUAACUCUGUCAUUCUCACCAUUGUCGAUCGUUUUUCCAAAUCUGUCCAUUACAUACCUCUCCCCAAACUACCCUCCGCCUUUGAAACUACUGACCUCCUUGUCCAGCAUGUCUUAGACUCCACGGUAUUCCCAUCGAUAUUGUCUCUGACAGAAGUCCUCAGUUCUCAUCCCUGGUGUGGAAGGAAUUCUGUAAAGCGGUGGGCGCAGCAGCCAGCUUGUCAUCGGGAUAUCAUCCGCAGACCAACGGCCAGACGGAGCGGGCAAACCAAUCCCUGGAAUCAGUCCUCUGUUGUGUUGCCACACGCAACCCCUCCUCCCGGAGCUCAUUCCUCCCAUGGAUUGAGUACGCCCACAACUCCCUCACCAGUUCCGCUACCAGUAUGUCCCCAUUCAUGGCUUGCUAUGGUUACCAACUGCCAUUGUUCAAGGAGCAGGAGCGGGCAGUGGCAGUCCCCGCAGUCAAGGAUCAUCUCCAGCGGAUCCAGGCUGCAUGGAAUGACGUCCUUGCGGCAUUGACCCGGUCAGCCACACGCAACAAACAGCUCAUGGACCGUCAUCGCUCCCCAACGCCCGAAUACAAGGUGGGCCAAUCUGUCUGACUUUCUUCUCAUGACCUCCCACUUCAGACUGAAUCCCGUAAACUCACUCCCCGUUUCAUUGGUCCUUUCCCGAUUACCAAAAUCAUCAAUCCCACUUCUGUCCAGUUGAAGCUUCCACUGUCCUUGAAAAUUAACCCAACCUUCCACGUCUCGUUGCUUAAGCCUGUCUCCGGCCGAACCCCCUCCAGCCACCCGGAUUAUUGACGACCAUCCUGCGUUCACGGUGUUGAGCAUCCUCGACGUGAGGCCUAGGGGGAGGGGGUUCCAGUACCUCGUCGACUGGGAAGGUUAUGGGCCGGAGGAGCGGUCGUGGAUUUCCCGGAAACUAAUACUCGAUCAUACCCUUUUGGACGACUUAUACGCGGCUCACCUGGGGAAGCCUGGCAGGAUGCCUGGAGGCAUCCGUUGAGAGGGGGGUACUGUCAUAUACGGCCUGUAGUUCCAUUAUUGUAGCUUUGGGUUCUCUCUCUCUCUUCCCUCCCUUCUCUGUUUUCAGCACCUGUCUCCAAUCAGCCUUAUCACCACUGGUAUAUAAACCUGCCUGUUCCAGGAAAUCCUCGCCGAAGUAUUGCAGUUACUUUCAGUGUGUCCCCGUGUUCGUGAUCUACAUAAUUCCUGCCGCCAGGCCAGCCGCCUGUCCUCACCACUGCCUGCCACCUGUCCACACCGCACCUGCCAACCCACCUCGGACCACCGCCAUUACCUUUCAUCAAUCAACUAUUCAUCCUUUCACAUCUGCCUCCGACUGCUCUUGGAUCCAGCCACACUCUAUUCGUGUCACUGUGUUUUCCUUCAAUUUUCUCAAACUCAACAGUGACAAAAAUACUUUUUUACUUUUGGGGGGCUGGAAUGGAUUGAUGGCAGUUCCAUUCAUUUCAAUGCUAAGAGAAGAUUUGAGAUACAACUGUUUUGAGAUACAUGCGUGGUCACGGAAUCAAUUAAAGUCGUAUCACAAGGCACCACUGUAGUUCUUCCAUCAGUGAUCAGGGAAAUGAAUAAUUGGCUAUUUUUUUAUGUAAUAUAUAGUUUUGUAUUUCAUAAUAAUAAUAAUAAUAAUAAGAUACUAAAAUAUCACUUUUAAGAACACCCAGUAACAAUUUAUUUCGUUAUAAUUUUAGUUUUUUUUUCUUAGGCUUUUUGCAGCUUUUUAA